UAAACCGUUUGCUAAAAAGUCUCAUGAAGCCAUCACUCUUCUUUCAUCUCCGGCAGCUUCAAUUUUCGGAAGAUGACGAUGAAUCCCAAUUUGCAACAGGUGAUGAUGAAGCCCACCAAGCCUGGACGACGCCGUUUCAUCAUCUCCUCCUUCUUCUUCAUCCUCUUCCUCUGCGCCGUAGCUUCCAUUAACGAAGUCCAAUUCGGCAAUCUCCUGAAGUUCGGCAGCUGCACAUUCUUCUCCAACAACUCAUCUUCCGCUAGUUUUCUCCCCCUGAAUUCCACCUCCGACGACAUCCGGAUCCUCAUCGGAAUCCUGACCCUCCCCGACCAGUACCAUCGCCGGCACUUCCUCCGCAUGAUCUACGGCACCCAGUCGCCGGCCGGAGCAAAGGUCGACAUCAAGUUCGUGUUCUGCAACCUCACGAAGGAAGACCAGAAAGUCCUGGUUGCGCUGGAGAUAAUGCGGUACGACGACAUAAUCAUCCUCAACUGCACGGAGAACAUGAAUCAGGGCAAGACGUAUACGUACUUCUCGAGCUUGCCGGAGAUGCUGAAUUCCACUGAGGGGCCAUCGCCGCCGUACCAUUACGUAAUGAAGGCGGACGACGACAUUUACCUGAGGCUGGACAAACUGGUGGAGUCUCUGAGGCCAUUGCCCAGAGAAGAUUUGUAUUACGGGUACGUGAUUCCGUGUGGGAGCAUGAAUCCAUUUCAUCACUAUAUGUCUGGAAUGGGGUACCUGGUUUCAUGGGACAUUGUGGAGUGGGUUAGCGUUUCUGAGAUUUCGAGGAACCACUUGGAAGGCUCCGAAGACAGAGUGUUCGGAGAUUGGAUGCGAUGGGGGAAACGAGGGAAGAACAGGCACACGGUGAAGUGGGCGAUGUACAAUUACCCGGACCGGCCGACGGCUUGUACGCAUGAGCUGUGGCCUGACACCAUUGGAGUGCACCUUCUGAAGAAGCAGGAGAAGUGGAUUGAGACGUUGAAGUAUUUCAAUGUUACCCAGAACUUGAAGCCAUCAAAACUUUAUCAUAUACCUUAGGAUGAUCUGGGAUCAUGUCCAUUUUGUUUAUUUAUUCAUUACACUGGUUAUGGCGAUUCAAUCUAUAUGACAACAGAGGAAGGGAUCAAAAGGUGAGGCUCCCCCACUUGGCGUUUAAUGCCCACUGAAAUGAAAUCAUUUUAUUGUGUUCUCUUUGUAAUAAUUUUUUCCAUUUCCAAUUUGCCAAUGUGCAACACGACAAUCCAAAGUGACCAUAUGCCCACUUGGCUUCCA